GUUGUGCUCUACAUUUAAGACCAAGGGUCUCUCCGCCACCUGGGCCCGAAUAACUUCUCCCGCAGGAGGCAGCGGCGACAGCAUCAGCCUGCGGGCGGGACAGACGGACAGGAGGACAGAGAGGAAUAAGCGCUCCUGCCCCGAUCUGGCCGGUGUCCCCCCCCCCCGCCUCCAUCUCUCGGAGGAAGCCCCCAUCCCCUGGGAGCGGGUCCCCGGAGCUGGGGGUCGCCUGGAAUCCCUCCCCCCACCUUCUCCUUGCCCCGAGGAGCCCGCGUUGCCCCCGGGGCUGUGAAUAAAGCGGAGUCCGAGGGGUGGACAGGUAGAGGUGCCCAUCUCCUGCGCGCAGGGCGAGCUCCGGCUUCCCAGCCCUCCUCCUCGAACGGGAGGCAAACAAAAGACGGCGAGAGAGGCAGCGAGAGUUGCCUGCAAGUUUAGCGCCUUCCAGUCGUGACUCGCAGAGAUAAAUGAUAGUUUGGAGGUGCGCGCAGUUAAUCAACGCUCCGGCUGCCUUACAGCGCGUGCAACCCGCAGAUCAUUAGGUUAAAUGGAGGACAUUCGUGUCUUUCCAGAAUCAAUGCAAUUAUUGUUGCCAACAAGGACAACAACUGGAGUGGCAGAGCUAAUUUUACUAACCUGCUAUUAAUUACGGUGUCCCCCACGCCCCAGACGGCGUUUAUAACCCGCGGGAGAGAGCGGUGCUGGCUGCUUCUUGUUUUAAAACGUGAAAAGUUGGAAGCGGAGUGCCUGGCCGCGUUGGAAAGUGUUAAUCAGUAGGAAAGAGUGUGAUCAGUAGAGCUAUUCACUUGAACGUCACUGUGGUACAGGGGGUUACUGGAGUGAUUGUGGCGCCUGGGGACCGAAGGCACUGGUGCCGCUCCGCUCAGGUAUUACACACUGAGACAUGUCUGCGUUAGUUCUCCCCGGCUCCCUGCAAAGUCAGCCAGCUCAGGCGAGAAGACAGCAGCCCUGCCAUGGCACAGCCGUCGCUACGAGGUUUUAGCCGGAGCCUGGCGUGAUCGCAGCAUCUAGGGACCUGUGGUUACCAAUCAAUUGGUACAACAGCAGAGCCAGGCUGCAAUAGCGUGCAGAUCAGACGUCUCGCCUUGUUUCUAGAUAACUGGGAGCCUCUGUACCAUGUCAUAUCCUCAGUUUGGCUACCCUUACUCCUCUGCACCCCAGUUCCUGAUGAGCACCAACUCCCUGACGACCUGCUGCGAGUCCAGCGGCCGGACUCUGGCCGAUUCGGGGGCUGCCGCGUCCGCCCAGACCCCCGUGUACUGCCCGGUGUACGAGAGCCGCCUCCUCGCCACCGCCCGGCACGAACUCAACUCCGCGGCCGCCCUGGGGGUCUACGGCAGCCCCUACGCCGGGCCCCAGGGCUAUGGAAACUACGUGACCUACGGCACCGAGGCGCCCGCCUUCUAUUCCUUGAACAGUUUGGAGGCGAAGGACGGGAGCGGCUCUGCGCAUGCGGGCAUCGCCCCGGCCGCUGCCUACUACCCCUACGAUCACACCCUCAGCCAGUACCAGUAUGACAGGUACGGCACGAUGGACGGUGGAACGAGGAGGAAAAACGCCACCCGGGAGACCACCAGCACGCUGAAGGCCUGGCUGCAGGAGCACCGCAAGAACCCCUACCCCACCAAGGGCGAGAAGAUCAUGCUGGCCAUCAUCACCAAGAUGACCCUCACCCAGGUCUCCACCUGGUUCGCCAACGCCCGACGGCGGCUCAAGAAGGAGAACAAGAUGACCUGGCCGCCGCGGAACAAGUGCUCGGACGAGAAGAGGCCCUACGAGGAAGAGGAGGAGGAGGAGGAAGAGGAAGGCUCUCAAGAAGAGGCGAUGAAGAGCGGGAAAGCCGAGGAGCCCACGGGCAAGGAGGAGAAGGAGCUGGAGCUCAGCGACCUGGACGAGUUGGACGCCGCCGAGUCGGAGAGCUCGGAGUGCGAGCUGAGACGGCCCUUCCCGCACCCUGUCCCGCACCAGGGCGGCAGCCACCCGCCGCGGGCCACCGAGCCCCCCGCCAAGCUGCCACCGCCGCCGGCCGCCGCCGAGGAGGAGGAGGAGGCAGCGGAGCGGGCGAGGAGCUGCUUGAAGACUGCGGCGGAGUGCGGCCCCGACCCGCUGGGCGCCCGGCAGUCCAAAAUGUGCUUCCAGCAGGGGCAGCAGCUGCUGGAGGCCAAGCCCAGGAUCUGGUCCCUGGCUCACACCGCCACGUCCCUCAACCAAGCCGAAUACCCCUCCUGCAUGCUGAAGCGGCAGGGGGGCUCGGCGGCCGCCGCCGUCCCCGCCCCGGCCAUCGACAGGCACCAGGAUUCGCCUGUCACCAACCUCAGGAACUGGGUGGACGGGGUGUUUCACGACCCCCUGUUCAGGCACAGUACUUUGAACCAAGCCUUGAGCAACACGACAGUUUCCUGGGCUACCACCAAAGGAGCCAUCCUGGAAACGGGCGCCUUGGGACGCGCGGUGGGGAACGGCGCCGCCGUGCUCAAGGGGCAGCUCGCAAACCUGGCCCACCAUGACUCGAACAAAGAGUUCCUCGCCUUCCCCAAAGCGGGCAGCAAAAUGUUUUGUUCCUAACGGGCCCGCCGAGGACUUCCUAAGGCUUGAAGAGUCAGACACACUGAAAAGAGACUUGCGAGAGUUCAAAUACAAUUUUUUUUAUAUAUAUAUAAAGCAACACAAACGAGGAUUUAACGUUCAGUUUGCUCAAUUCAACAGACAGACUUUGCUCAUUGCUGUCCUGAAGAAUAACUCCUGGCUGCGACUUUAAGGGAUCAAUGUCGUGAAAAGUUAUUUAAUUCCAUGUCCAAAAAAGAGAAAAAAAAAAAAAAAAAAAAAAAAAGAAGCACGUACUAUAGCUUAGACCUACUUAAAAAGUUUACAUCCGAAAGUUUACAAACGGGAAAUUUUAAUUCAGAUUUAAUUUAAGGCAUGCCGACAUUAGUUAUAAAGACUUUCGAGAGUUUUUUCCUCCUGAUUUUCUUGUUAGCAUAUACUUCACAAACAGCACUUCUACUAAGUUUACACCUACUGCACAAUAUUUAUCUUGACAAAAAAAAAAAAAAGAGAAUAUGUUAAAGGUAUGUUCACUCCAAUAAAUUGUCUGUUUCAGAGGUAACACAAGUGGUGGCGUUUUGCAUUAUGCAACAAAACACCUUUUAGGUUUCAAAAUCCCCCCUCGGAGCCGCUCCCAGUAAUGCCAAGGACUGUCAACAGGCUGCCGGGAGGGGGAGAAAAGCGGCACGGCGAGGGAGGAUGGAGCUGCGGGAGGGAUGCUUGGCUGCUCCAAAGCUUUCCCGUGUCCCCGCUGAGGCGGGGUGGGAGCAUCUUCCCCCCUUCCCGAGCUGCGGCCGGGCGGGGGUUUUCGGCCGCAAAGGGCUGGGCUUAAGCAGCAAUUGAUUCACAUGGAAAAUGUGAUCUUUUAAAAGAACCGUUUUAGCUUUCCAGCUCCUCUGCCGCUAUGGAGAAUCGCUGAUCCUCCAUGAAUAUUUCAGCAUUUCAGGACAGAUGCUUUCCCGUUUUGACAUUAAAUAGAGUGCAGCCAACAUAAAAGAGAGAGAGGAAGAGCGCUCUCGACGUGUGAUUCAGGAGCACUAGCAGCCAAUUUACCACUUAGACCACAGGCGUUUAAAAUAUUUCCUCUUCUUCCUGGGAACGAGAACAAAGUUUACUGAUCCCUAGACCGGCAGAGAGGGACGACUGCUGGCAAAGAGGCGGCGAGGCAAUAGCAGACCCGGUUUAGCCAGACCGGCCUAAACCCCCUGAGCUGCGCUGCCCGGGGAUGCGAGGGAAAACCGACAGAGCCCGAAGGACCGAGCUGACACUGGACAAGCAGAAGACCUUUUCCUGUCUCCUGGCCUCCUCGCCCAUCCCACCUCUACGGCUCCCCGCCAGCGCCCUCGCACUCCAAUAAAUAAAUAAAUAAGAA